CUUGACCUGGAAACUUUUGCUCUUUUUUUGUUUUGUUUUUGUUGUGUUUGUGUUCGUGCAUGCAAAUUGAAAUAAUAGUUGUGUGGCAUGGAGCCACGCGCGACAGUUCUAGUUCUGAUUUAGUUUUAUCGCACCGUUUCUCUUAACAUUAACCCGAACAUUAACGUGAAUUGGUUAUGUUUCAACAAUAUAUUAACGUAAACGUGUUUUAUUAAUAUAUUUUUCUACUUAACCGUAUUUACUAGUGUUUGCACGAGUUUCAAACUUUAUCCACUUAGUUAAUAUUUUCCUAUUCCUGUGAUUGGAUUGAAAGCUUGUGAAUUCUGUUGAAUAAAAAAUAAAAGUUGUAUCUCGUUAGCAGAUUAUGUUCUCCUGAAACUAUUGUUAAUGAUUUGUGGUAGUGUUGAAAACAUAAGAUAUAAUAGUUUACAAUUUGAUGAACAAUUGAAAGCAAACCAUCGUGUGCCAGCAAAAGUGUUUGUGAAUUUGUUAAUCUGUCUUGGAUAUAAAUUGUAGCUGCACGGUUUUAAAAUUAUUAUUUUUUUUUUUACAAGAAUGAAUAGCAUAAUAUUGAGGUUGUGAAUGUUAUUAUAAAAAUAAAAAAGAUAUAUUUUAUAUACAAAUGAAAAGUAUUUAAUAGAAUAAAGUGUUAAAUGUGUGUUAAAUUGUAUUUUAAUUUGAACUUUCCUUCAGACCACAGGUCUCCGCAUGUCAACUCAGCAUGACCUGCAUCGGUAACGUUAAAUCUGGAUUCCUUCUAAGCGACAGUGAUUCAGAGGAGCUGCCUGUGUUUGAUUUCUCACAGUCGAAAUCCAGACAGCCCAACUUGGUGGUUUUAGACCGUUCAGACUCAGAAAUGGCUUCUGUUGCUGAUCCAGUUUCAUCUUUGGAGGUCCGCGUCUCCACUGGAGCUGCUAGAAGUGACGUGUUGAUGGUCAGUAGUGACAGCGAAGAGGAGGAGGAGGAGGCCAUGAUUCCCUUAGCUGUAAGACUAAAACAGAAACGGCUUGGCCUGGGUACAGCAGCCGUCAGUGCAGAGGAGACCCGGACUUCCAGUGUGGUUUCCAAUGGAUGUUCUCGCCUCUUAGAUGUUCCAGGACAUCAUAUCAACCCCAAGGCCCAUCCAGUUGAACGUAACAAGAUCUGUAGCAAUAUAACAAGGCAGUGCAGCUCAAACGACAGUGCGCCAUACCUCACAAAAGAACCUACACCUGAAGCGGAGACUGGCACUUACCUGGCCAAACGCAAGAAAACCUUAGCAGAAGUGGAGGCUGUCAGACAGGAAACCCUGAGGAAAAGAGCAAUACGAGAGCAUCAGCAGGAAGAGAAGGAGAGAUUGAGGAUGGAAAAGAAAGCUCUGGCUGAUGCUGUGAAAGCCCUAAGGCCAGAGGAGUGCAUCAAACACAUGGUGGUGACGGUCGACCCAGGCCUACUGCAGCUGGAAGGUGGUGGCGGCGCUCUCCUGACUUCCCUGCAUGCCAUGGGCUGCAACUGUGCCAUAGAGAAGCAGUCUCUUCCUCGUAGUGUCACCUGGGCUAGACGCUCACCCUGCCCUCAGACUGGUGAGGUGAUGUCCAUUUCAGACUCAAAUACUGUAAUCCAAGUUCCUGUUGAUGACUUUGUAACCAUGAUUAAUAACUACUGCAAGAGACAAUGCAUGGGUGUAUUGACAGAAAUUGGCAUAUCUCUGACUGCCUGGAUCCAAGGACUUAUGAGCAGGAACCCAGGCAGAACCCUCAGUCUGGUUGUGAUUGACAUAGAGAAGUACUUCAAAAGCCAGAAUUCAAAAUGUCUGAAGAAAUACCGCGAGGCAGUGCUGGGCGAGGAGAAGAACAUGGGUCUUCAGGGAGGGCAGAAAAAGAGAAGAAAGAAAGACGAUAUCAAUCAGCUUCCUGAGGUCUCGCGAGUGCAGGUGGAGGAGGCUUUGGUAGACCUGCAGCUGCAAACUGGGGUGCAGGUUCGCUUCCUCUCUACCUGGAAAGACUUCACUGAUUAUAUUACCAUGUUAACCAAAGCAGAAGCCGAGGCACCGUUCAAGUGGGAGCGAGAGAAGACGGGAUUCACGUUUUGUUUGGAGAGUGAGUGGGCAGGGGGUCAGAAGGUGGACCGCUCAGGGAAAGGCCUUCUGCAAGUUUGGAAGAGACAAAUACAACAGUUGAACCGUGUCAGCCCUGAUAUGGCCAGCGCUAUACUUAGUGCCUACCCCUCUCCUUGGCUUCUGGCUCAGGCAUACGCACGGUGCAAAUCGGAACAUGAAAAAGUCGGUCUGCUGGCAGACCUACUAAUUCGCCGCGGAGAGGGUGUCACAUCUACAACCCGCAGAGUUGGUCCGGAGCUUUCCAAACGGCUGUUCCUUUCGAUGAUGUCACGUGAUGUCCAUCAGCCCCUUGAUUCUGCUGUGUUUUUUUAUAAACUUCAGUGAGUUAUAUUUUUGUCUGUUUGUACUAUAAAUUGUUGCCAUUAAAUUUUUCUUAAAGUACAUGAAACCAAUUAUUUACCAUUACCAUCAGAAUUAGUUUUUCUGAAAUGACCUCAGUCCAAACCUUUCUGUACUUCUUUAUACUAAGGGGGGAUCCUUGAAAGUUUCACUUUUUCUGGAAUGCUCUUUGAGUUUUUUGUUCUCUUCAUCCCAGUGGCAAAUAACCUUGGAUGGCAGAAGCCGAAAUGAAGUCAAUUCUCAGAAAUGCUAUGCAUGCACAGCAUUUCUUGGACGCAUUUAGGACCGGUAGGUCAUACCCAAGCUGUUUAAUUUAGAAUGAAUUCACUUUAUGUUAUCCUUACAUAUUUUAGCAGUACUAGAGAGGGCACUGUUAAUUGCAAAAGCAACAGUUUCAGUUUGGGCUUUUUUCCUGUUUAAGGCACUGCUGCACUCUUUUCAGAACCAAAAUGGCCCCUUGAGCACACCGUACUUACUGUCUAAAGACUGUAGAGGCUCAUGGCUCAUUUCCAACACAUUAGAGAAUGGCACCUGACCAAGGAGUGUCAUGUUUCCUGAAACGAGCGGUGGGGUAACGAGCCGUUAAAUGUGCUUAAGAGAUGAGCUGCAUGCUUCAUCCCUGUCCCUGAAGGCAGUAUUUCCUCUACAGUUUAAGGGAUGGCAUAACAAACUAUGGCUAGUAGGUGUGUGCUUGUGCCGAAGGGAAUUAUACGAGCAGAAUUACGGCAGAAAAGGGAUCACCUUGAAGUUAUUGUUUAGCUGAAUAGUAUGAAAUCCAAUUUUCGUGUACUCCGAACACAGACUAUAAUAGCUUUUAUGACCUAGAGUCUGCAGUGCUAACAUCUUCGGUAGCAUGUGAAUGGUUGAAUGGGACUUUAAUUUCCAAAAAGCAGUUGUAGGAUGUUAUGACUUACAAAGUACAAUGUAACUCAUCUAACCCAAAUGUUUUGGAGGAGGAAUAGUUUCUCUGCAUGUGUUCCAUUGGCAUCAAAAUAUGAAUAUCUAUGUAAGUGCAAAGGGUCUGUAUAUCUUCAGCUGCAGUGUGCAUGUAUGAGUCAUGACUAAUCCACAUGAUAGACUGCACAAUAAAAGAUUUCUGUUCAGCAGAGUAGCAGUUUCAGAUUCAUUCUACUUCUUGUUGGAGAAAAUAAUACGGAUUGGGAGGGGUGUUAGGUCAACGUUGGCCACCUUCACUCACAGUCAAUAAGAUUGGGUAGCAAAGCAGGGCUUUUAAUCAUUGUCUUUCCCUGGAUAUUCUCAACUCGGCUCAUCUCUUGGAAAAAUGUGCCGCCUUAUUGGCCAGUGGCCGCCACACAAGAUGGAGUGCCACAGGCAGUGCGGUUUAUAGUUUUGGGAGCUAGUUUUGUUGCAGUUCCAGUUUCGUAUUCUUGGCAAAGUGGGUGCACUUCCUAUUUCUUGGGUUGUGCCACAUGAAUGCCACCUGUAGUGUGCUGGUCCUCCAUUGACAGUGGCAUAAUAAUAACACGUUUCCUCAGGCAAGUUAUAUGGCAAGAAGACAAAGCCUCUGAUGUUAUCCUUCCAUUGCAUUCUCAGUGUGUUUUGCCUUGGCGCUCGGUGAAUCACGAUCCACUUGGAGCCACUUGCUGAAAUGACAAGAGAGAAUGUCAAAGACUCCAGCAAUCUAUUUCGGAGCAUGAGUAGGCCGGCCACUGUGGUAUUGGUUUCUUUGCCACCAGCGUUCAAUCAAUGUUUCCUGCUUCUCUUUAAAAAUAAAUCAUUAUAUGGCUCUGCUUCUGAUUUUCUUUUGUUCAUUUGCAAAUCAGACGCAAGCGUUUCAAGUGUUCAGAUCCAGCUCUUGUGGGAAAAGAGAUGCAAAACCCUCAAGAAAACUACUUUCGCUGCCAGAGCUACAGGCUUUUUAACUUCAGAGAAAAAACAUUGCAUUUUUAUUGCAAGAUUUUGUUUUCUACCUUGCCCUCUCUUACCAGUCUUUUUUAUUAGACUGCACAUAUGUACAAAGUUUCUUCUCUCACAGUGGAUCUUUGUUGUUUUGUCCAGUCGGUUGGCUGAAUUUUUGAUUGCCACAUGAGGGCAGAAUUGCUUCACACUGACUGUACACUAACUAGACCAGUCUAUCCACAAUGGUGAUGCUGUUCCAAACUUGAUGUUUUAUUGAACGUCACAGUGCGAUCCCAUAAUAUGCUACAUGUGUUAUCAUGACACAAGCUUGUCUGUAUGGUUUGAGUGUUUAGAUGGUUUCUUUCUCUUAGCAACCAGAAAUACACUGCACAAGUUUCUGCUCCCAGCAACUGAAAUGUAGUCUGGAUUUAUCUUAUUUUACUAUACUUUGCAUCAUUUUGUUUGUCUCACAAUCUUUCUAUGUUGGUAUCUGAAUUAUUUGGCUAGAUCAACUCUGACUUGUCAUCCAAACCCCUUUGACAUAAAAUAUUUACUUGAAGUACCCUGGGAUUAAAAAAUAAAUUAAAAAUAAAAAUCAAUCUUUUAAAACCGUAUUCAUGUUCCCAGCUCUCUGAUAUCAGUUAAUAGUCAAAUAAUAAAAUAUUUAUUUAGUUUUAGUAUGUUAAUAAUUUUAAAUACUCUUUUAGUACAUGUUUAUUUUACGUCAUUAUGAUUUAAUUAUCAGCUUUUUAGCACCCUGUAGAUUUCCUCAUGAACCACCAACAAACCACAUUUUGGGAAACCAUGGGCUUGAUUGUUAGUUAUAGACUAAUUUGCUUUUAAAAGUUUGAUUGGACACACAUUCUUUAAAACCAUGUUAUCCAGUCGAAUACUGUACCACUGCAAUACUUUACUAGCUUAACCUCCAGCUAGCACCAUCAAUCAUGUACAGGCUAUCCAGAAUGCAGCAACAUGUUUGGUCUUCAAUCAGUCAAAGUGGAGCCAUGUCACAACCCUCUUGUUGGCCAGUAUUACAUUUAAGGCUCUGAAGAUAGCAUAUAAGACCACCUACUAGUCUAUACGGUCUUACCUAAACACUGUCCUUCAAAUUUAUGCUCUCUUUCCCUGCAGUCAGUCAAAGUGUGAUGCCUGGUGGCUACACCAAAACACAUUAUGGUGUCAAACAAACCUCUGCACUCCCAUGAUGGUGGAACAUGUUGUUUCUUUGGACUUUCUUUACCUAACAGCAGUAGGGUUUUUACAGAUAAAGUUCUUUACACUAAAGGUUCUUUUAAGAACCGUUCACUUUAAAGGUUCUUUGGGGAACCAAAGGUGGAAUUGUUGUGAAAAGCUCCUUUUGUAACCUUUAUUUUUAAAAGACUAUCAAAGUAUGAAAUGGACACAUUUAAAUAGAAUUAUUUCUAUCUAACUACAUCUUAAGCACCUUGAGUAUCUUCAAAGAACAUCCACACUCCAAAAGGCCAUCAAAAAGCCGAUAGAAAAUCUCAUUGAUGGUCCUUAUAAAAUCGGAUCAUUAUCUCUCUGUUUUCCGCUUACUUUCUUCACACAAGUUUCUCCGUGGGAGGCUCUGCUCUCCGAAGGGUGCUUGAGAGUUUGAGGCUGCUGUGUGGAAUCAGGCCAGGUCUCUAUCUACUUUAGCUCCCAGGUCUCAGCCCUGCAGGGACUCCUAAUCAAUGCCCGCCUCUCGCCCCUCAUUAUGAUCCCUCUCCCGUAGUGACCUGAUGCGAUUGCUAAUUGGGCUAUUUGUGUGGGGCUGAGUGGGCCUGAUGUUCUUCCUGCUCGUCAGUGUGUGCGUGUUUUAUGAUGUAUCUGGGCUGUUUACUUAUUUAUUUGAAGCAUGCACCUUCUGGAGUCUGUAAGGUGGUUUGAUGGACUGCAUCCCGAAGGAGUCUCCUGAGGCCGUUUGUGUGUCUGCGAGUGUGUCAAUGUGUGUGAGACGCCACGGCGGUGUCCUGCUCAUCACCGCUCAGCAUUCAUUUCACACCGUCACCCUCUGGGUCGUUUUUAUUUACAUUCCAAUCAGUGCCGUGCCAGAUUGCUUGAUCUGCAGGAACAAAUUGGGAAUAGUCUAUGAUAUAUGGUUGAAAACACUCUGACAAGAGGCGGCACACAAAUAUAAAUUCAUGUGCACUGCACAUAUUGAGAUUUGGUCAAUGAUCCAAGUCAGGACCAUUACUCCUCUGUUUGUUAUUUAAAUGCCUUUGCACAACACUGGCACCUGGAGUAUGCUUUCGCUUUCACAUGCUAAGAGAAAGGCCAGUGGGAAACUGCCGGUUCUUCCUGAAGUGAUAGGCACUUUUCCGGUUUUCUUUCGUGAUCCAUUGUUGUCUUUAUUUCCUUUUUCCCUGCAGCUGACUGAUUCUCAGAAUGGAGGUGCUUGACAGUCACUGUCAUCUGUGAAAGACACACUUUAUUCUCACAGGAAGGCAGCGGUGAGAUGGAAAGAUGAAGGUAAGACAGAGGGUGUCAUUCAUCGUGUCUCUCAAUUCACAGGUCUGUCACACUCCCCUCAAUCCUCUGAAGGCUUCGCAAAGGCUUAGUGCUCGAGAUCCUUUGGUCAAUAGCUGUACUUGACCUUUUACAGUCCAAAAAGUUUGUGCGUGUUGGUGCGCUUUACCACAGCGUGUGUCAUGUGUGAGUAGCGCUCCUGCCUGACAGGUCCCGGGAUCAAUCCGAAUUCAUGUCAGUAAUAUCUUCUCACAGCUUCUGUCCUUGACCUGGUGCUCAGUUGCUGUCUGAAUGACUUUAGUGGUGUCUGAGCUCCACAGGAGAUGACCUCGAAUGAUGGUGAUGAAGCAUCUUUGGCAAUGAAAAAGUAUGACGAGAAGUGAAUGCAGUGAUUUUACCACUCUUUUUACUGUGCUCUCUGUCCAAGGUUACAUGCUAUUUCCAUUUUCAAUUAAAUUAAUCUUUGAACUGUAUCAAACCAAAGGGAAUAAGUGCUGUAUAAAAAAUACAUAUCUAACUUGAGAAUCUAUUCAGGUGCACCAGUAUUAAAGGGAAAGUUCACCCUCAUGUCGUUGCAAACCUGAAGACCUUCAUUCAUCUUCAGAACACAAAUGAAUCUAUUUCUGGUGAAAUUUGACUGCUUUCUCACCCUUCAUAUACAGCAACACAACUACCACAUACAAGGCCCGGAAAGGUAGUAAGGACAU